AUGCCGCCUGCGGUUGGUGCCGGCCUUCUCGCAAGCCUGGCUGCUGGAUGGGCUCUCUUCCACUGGUGGACUUGGGAUUGCCAGCUCCGUGCUUUUCCAGCCUUCCGUGGCACCUUCCCUGUCUGGUGGCGGAUGCCCCAGGCGCACUGGAUCACUCUUCAGCGGCUUUGGCG